AUGGCCGGCGCAUCCAUCGUCGUGAGCGAUGCAUCGGCAGAACACCGUCGCACUGGCGCAGCGACCCUCUUCGCCAAUCUCAGCUUCUUCUGCCUCCAGAAGUUGCCCGCACGCUCCCAGCUUAUCCGCGACAUCGAAGCCAAUGGCGGCCGCGUAGUGAAGAACGAGAAACUGGCCGACUAUGUCAUUGCAGACCACGUGCGGAAAGACGUGCCUGCCGGCAGCUAUUCCUGGACGCUCAUCACCACCGCCAUUGCCAAUGGAGCGCUACCAGAUCCCGCCGAUCAUUACGCUGGUCCGAGGCCAGGCACCAUUCGAGAUGUGGGCUCUGCAGCUCCGGGCAAAGCCACGCGUACGCCCUUCACUCACGAGGAAGACAAGCAGCUAUGGCAGUGGGUCGAGCAGGAGAAGACUCGUGGAGGCCAGUUCAAAGGCAACGAUAUCUACAAGCGCCUAGAACAGAUCAAUCCUCGUCACACUUUUCAGUCAUGGCGCGAUCGCUACCUAAAAAAGCUCAUGAAUAACCCACCCGCUGGGGUACAGCCCACUGUACCCGCAAAUGCUCCUCCAAGUCCUUCGACUGCACUAGACGGGGAGAUGGAGGAGGAGCAAGCGUCCACGCCUCCGGCGAAACGUCGCAGAGUUGAGAUCGUGGACGAGAAGGAUCAAGGGCCUGAGCAUUCUGAGGAUCAGUCGGCGGACACAGUGCAUGCUGAAGACCACGGGAAAAAAGAGACUGAUGUAGAUCUGCUCAUGCCUCAUGCUGCAGACAUUGACAAUGUUUUGGAAGACCAAUGGCUACCCGCGUGGGAGCUUUGGGCUGAGGCAUAUCCGCAUCGUUCGGCUCAAGAGUGGGCCAAGUUUUGGCAAGAAGAUGUUCGUCCUAUAUAUCAAGCACAACUUCGAGACAAGGGCAAUACGGAACGGCCUAGCGUGAGACCUUCGGACGCUGGAGAAAAUCGGAGAAAACGCAAAAGACACUUCGAUGUUGUGCCGACUAAUGGCGAGAGCCAUUUUGAGCCUGGGUCACCUCAGCCGCGAUCUCAGAAUCACUCGCCAUCCCGCUCGUCCGAUGUGCACCGCAUUGAUCAUACCACUAAAGCUGCCACUGCCACAGCUUCAGAAAGCCUAGGCCCCUUCGCCGAACUCUUGACGUCCGACGAGAAUCGUGCGGCUGCCCAGCAAAUCACAAACGAAUCGCUGGUCGCCUUCGACGAGAGUGCGAGUCGUGCAGGGUUGGUGGAAGCCAGCGGCGAGGGCGAGGACCUCAUCAAACUUCUUACACACGAGAACAAUCAACUAGAGCACAGACCCUACAUAAGUGAUGGGCCCGAGAUCGAAGACCUGCGGAGCUCAGAGGUACAGCAGCGUCCCACAGAGGAUGACAUUGGAGCGAUAAUGCCGGAGGACGACCUUGCGUCCGAUUUCGAGUCACAGCUAUCUGGAGGCACUGCCCUCACGGAAGCUAAUCUCGCUGCGCAGGAAGCCCGACACAAAGCACCCUUACUAAGAGGCGCAGACCUGCCCGAGGACGAUGCGAACAAUGACCAGUCCGAUUUCGUCAAGUAUUUGCAGCAAAGUCUGAUGCCGAGCCACAAUCAGCCCGAACUUUCACAGGAACGGAAUGUCUCAGGAAGCCAUUCGAAUGCUGGGAAGGCGCGAUCAAUAGAGGACGAGUCCGAUCAUGAUGUUGACGAGGUGAUACUAUCUAAUUUAGAAUGGCCGUCAUCGCCUCAUCGGCCGCAAGUCACGGCAAUGCCUUCGAACACGCAGGCGGAAGACAUAGAAAAUGUUCCUCUCGCAGAGGCGAAAGGGCUCACAGCUGGCAGCCCUCUUGCAGCAUCCAGUACCGCCAGACCUGAUGCCAUUGCCCGUUCGGGCGGACUUGAGGCAAGGAACAUGGAGCCAAGCGACGACUUGGACCAAGAGGUUGACCUCUCUGUGGCGUUCCCGGAAGUUGGAGGCGGCUUUGAUCCCAGCUCAGACCGUGACAGCACACCAGCCAUGGCAGAAGAGGAGGCCUUAGACCUUGGAGACUAUUAUGACGAAGUCGACGGCCCGAACCCCCAUGAAUAUGAGACCCCUCGGAAGGCAUCGCAACUUAUCGAGAUCUCCUCAACCUCUAUUCCUAGUUCCCCUCUGCCAGAUUCUCCGGGCUCUCAAGAUGGAACACGUGGCCGGCAGAUACCUAGGCCACUUGAAACACAAGACUUCUAUAACGCAGAAACACAACAAGCGGAUCUGACUAUGCCCCUGCCACUUGACACUGAUGACGAGGACGGGGACGGAGAGCAGAAUGACGAACAUGACCAAACCGCACACGACUUGACCGAGACGAUCGAGCAGUACGCUAGCAGCCAAGCGAUGCGUGCAGAAUCGCCAUCAGCAGAUCUUAAUUCAGAGGACGAAUCAGAACGGCUGGAGAGCUGGAUGGCAACCAUGAAAGUCCGAGGCCACGAUGAGAGCGCAAUCAUCGAAGCGGUCAAGUGUACUUCAUUGCGACUGGACCUCGCGGAAUUUGUGUUGAUGCACGUGAGGGCUGGCAAAGGGAUCCCUACUGAUGUUCCAGGCGUAUGGAACGAAGACGAAGAUGAGCAGCUGGAAGGAGGCAAUGCCAGGGCAAUUCGGUUGCUAGAGAAGAAGCACGGCUGGGACGCGUGUCGAGCGAGGUUGAAUUAUCUCGAACAGUACCGCGAUACUGAAUGA